UAUAUAACUUUAAAUGAAGUUGCAAGUGUUUAUCGCUAGUAUAAUGAAUUUUCCUGAAGAGCAUUUUCAUAUGUAUUAGGUUGAAAAUUUUCCGUAAAUAUUGGCGAACUUCGUGCAGGCUAUUAUUAGUAGCUUUGUAUUUGCAAAAUACGUAUCUGCAGUUAAAGUUCAGUUACAUUAUUUUAUUUUGUAUAAUAGUACCUAACCAUUAUAUUAAAAAUGAAUCUUCUAUUUAUUAUAUUAAUUCCAAUGAUUACAACUGUAAGGUCUGAUAGUAGUGUAUCAGAUAAUAGUGAUAGCAGUGUAGCAGAUAGUAGUGAUAGUAGUGUAUCAGAUAAUAGUGAUGAUGUAACAAUGUAUAAUAUUUUUAAAUGGAAAUAUGUUGAUUAUAUCUGGGAAAAUGAAAUACAAAAGCAAAAUGCAAUAAAUUCUGGCAACUAUGUUCCUGUUUCAGUUGUUUUAUACGACGUAGACAAGUCACAAGAUGGUAAAACAUUCGUUACUGCGAUAAGAGACAAGGGAGUACCAGCUAGUCUGAUGACAGUAUCUGACGAAAUGGGCCCAGGGGGUCCACUUUUGAAUCCGUAUCCAGAUUGGUCAUGGUAUGAGGAUUUUGAUUGCAAAAGCAAUCGCAUUAUAAGUGUUUAUCGGGUGGAUAUCAAAUGCAAUCGCCUAUACGUUCUGGAUUGUGGCGAAGUCGGAGAAACCGCAGUUUGUCCUCCAAAAUUAUUAAUAUUUGAUUUAAAAGAUGAUAGGCUCAUUCGCAAAGUUACUAUCCCAUCUCAUAUCGCUAAUAACGCAAGUGGCACUGGAUUGCUUGUAACGCCAUUUGUUCAUGUUCAUGAUUGCAGACGCAUACGUAAUGCGAACGUGUUUAUGGCUGACAUUAAUGGUUUCGGUAUAGCAAUUUACAACGAAAAUUCAGGAAAAUUCUGUAGAAUUGAAUCUACAUACAUGAAACCGACUAAUCCCAAUUUCAAUAUAGCAGGCCAAAGUUUUUAUUUAAACGACGGACCUAUCGGUUUGGCAAUGAUUAAUGAAAAGCUAUUUUAUUCUGUUUUGGCGGGUAACAAAAUGUACAAGAUGGAAAAUAUAUAUGAUCAACAAUGUCCAGAAUUAAGUGAAAGCAUGACUGAUCAACUUACUCAAUUGGCAGGCACGUUAUCUGGUCAAACAGGACCGAUAGCAUCCAAGAAAUGCGCAAUAUUUUUCAGCAAUAUUCCGAAAACGUCCAUUUUGUGCCAAGACACUAAUAAAGUAUUUAAUUCCACCAAUACGGAGGUUAUCGUGCAAGACUCUGUAAAACUACAAUUUCUAAGUGGAAUGAAGAUUAGAGGUGGAAGUUUAAUAGGUUUAUCAAAUAGAUUUCAACGUUUCGUUACUGGUACAUCAAAUUUGAACGAAAUAAAUUUCCGCAUUCUCAGUAUGCAUACAGAAGAAAUAGAAACCAAGACAAAAUGUUUUGCUUCUUGCAACAAACAUCAUCACAAACACAAGCAUUGUCCUAAUAAACAUAAUAGCCAUGAAAAUCACGAUAGUCAUGAACAUUAUGAUAGUUGUGAACAUUACAGUAGUCAUGAACAUCAUGGUAGUCACGAACAUGAUAGUCAUGAACAUCAUGGUAGUCACGAACAUGAUAGUCAUGAACAUCAUGGUAGUCAUGAACAUGAUAGUCAUGAAAACCAUAAUAAACUUGAUAAAAAUAAUAAGUUUGACAGCUUUAUACUUUUUUAAGUAUUUUUUUUUUACACAUAUGUUGUAUGUUCUUUACACAUUUUCUUUAUAUCUAUAUAAAUAUGCAUACACAAAUUGCCAGUAGCUAAUAUAUUUAGAUCUCAAGGUUAAUUUUAAUGAUUUUUAAUUAUAAGAUAAAUUGCAAUGGAAAAUUUAUAUCAAAUUAUUUUUUAAAAAUUAAUAUAAGGUACCUGUACCCAAUAUGACCAUGUACCUAAUUUGGCUCAUCCCCAUUUUCAAAUAGUUACAUAAUGAAUUUCAUAGAUAACGCUAAUACGUCGUUCAGGAAGUUGAUAUGAUGUAUUUAUGCUAGUUAACUGCUCUUGUCUUUUUUCUAUGGCUUGUAUCACACUUUCAAAUUGUGUUCUUCUGAAUCUAAAAUUUCAGAGAUAAGUUUUUGCUUUGUGUAACCAUCAUGUAACAAUUAUAAAUAUUCAAAAUUCAUAUUUUGUAGCUCUUUAUUUAUGCUUUUCAACCCUGUAUUUUAGGUUUUUAUUAAAACAUCUUGUUUAUAAUUAAAUGAAAAGAGCUCUUUAUAUUGUGAAACCAUUAUGGCCAGGGACACUACUAAAAACACAAUAUAUCUUAUUAAUAUACAAGAAAGUUAAGACUCUGUUUUUUUAUUUAAUGUUUAAUUUUUCAUUGGUAUUCUUGUCUUUCUCUAAUUAAUUGAAGCUUUUUGACAGGUAAAAGUUAAGAUAACGCUCCUUGUAAAUACAGUUUCAUUAUUUAAUGAAUAGCUGUAUGUAUAAUUUUUUCCAUAAGUAUGUUAAUAAAUGCUUAAUUAAACAUGUGUUGAUUUCAUUCAUUUUUCAAAAAUAUUUACGAAAAAAAGAAAAAUACGCAGCUAAGCCACAUCGUAUAUAUGUAUCAACCCAAGUGCUAUCUUUUUUUAAAAUCUUUACUAUACUUAUAUAGAUAAUUGAAAAUAUUUCAUAUAUUUUUUUUAAUUUCAGAAAUGUUUCCUAUUUUAAACUGACUCUUAUUUUUCAAUUUCGUAUUCAUAAAAAAAUUAGAAAAAUCUCCAAAGCUGGGAGGGGGCAUAUUGGGUACAGGUACCUUAAUAUUAAUGCUUUUAAUAUAUUUUAAAUUAACAAUAUAAUUAACAUAAUAAUUCUAAAUAAAAAUAUAUUAGUACUUGAUGAUGGAGAUAAUUGUAAGAAUAUAUAUACUUAUAAUCGUAA